CCCCGUCCCUCCCUCCGCCGCCGCGGGCCGCCCGCCCCGCCGGGCCAGUCGCCGCCGGCAGCCGCGGCGCAGCCCCGGUGCGUUCACCCCGGUGCGUUCACCCCGGUGCCGAUGCGGGACGCCCCAUCCCGGUGACCGGAUUAUCCCGAUGGAGACGGAAGGUUACAAAUGCCGUAACAGCCGGUACAUCGAGAGCGGGCAGUCGGCGGUGCCCGGGUCGGUGUUAUUCGCUGCCGGCUUGUUGGGCAACGUGUUGGCGCUUCUGCUGCUGGGCCAGCACCGGCGGAGGUCGCGGUCGCCCGGUGGUCGCCCACCGCGGGUCUCCGCUUUCUACGUGCUGGUGAGCGGGCUGGCCGUCACCGACCUGCUGGGCAAGUGCCUGCUCAGCCCCAUCGUGCUGGCUGCCUACGCCUACAACCGCAGCCUCAGUGAACUGGGACCCAGUGGGCGCAGCGAGGGUGAACCGGGUGUCCUCUGCCAGCUCUUCGCCUUCUUCAUGGCCUUCUUUGGGCUGGCCCCCACCUUGCUGCUGCUAGCCAUGGCUCUGGAGUGUUGGCUUUCCCUUGGACAUCCUUAUUUCUACCGACGGCAUCUCACCCGGCGGUUGGGUGCGAUGUUGGGGCCCGUGGCAGCGGGGCUCUGCGCCCUUUUUUGCGCCCUGCCGCUGCUGGGUUUUGGGGUGCCCAUGCAAUAUUGCCCUGGGACGUGGUGCUUCAUCCGCAUGGCCGGCGGUGGACCGCGCCAGCUUGGCUUCCCCGUCCUCUAUGCCAGCCUAAUGGGCCUGUUGGUGUUGGCCAUCGGCGCCUGCAACGUGAGCAGCAUGCGGCACCUCUACGGCAUGGCCCGGCGGCAGCCCCGCCGCGGCCCCCCCGCCACUGCCACCCCGCACAUGGAGGAGUUUGACCACCUCGUCCUGCUGGGACUCAUGACUGUCCUCUUCACCAUCUGCUCCCUGCCGCUCAUCAUCCGGGCGUACAUGGGGGCUUUUGCUGCUGAUUUCAACGAGAACGCUGACCUCAGUGCCCUGCGCUUUCUCUCUGUCAACUCCAUCGUGGACCCCUGGGUUUUCAUCAUCUUCCGCACCUCUGUCUUCCGCAUGUUCAUCCGCAGGCUUUGCCGGAGGCUCCAUUCCCGGAAAGCCACCCUUAAAGGACCGGUCCCUGGUGGGGACAACCAGUUUUGUCCCCCGGGAUGGCGCAGGACAGACACCCCGCAGCUUGGUUUUCCCUGAGUGCGUGGGGUUGGCAGAAGCCAGCAGCUGCUGGUGAGGAUGAGGAGCGAGUCUUCGGCCCCGGAGCAUCCCAGGGCUGUUGCAGGAGGGGACGGUGUCCAACUCGCAAUGAGGGGUGGGCACCAAGUGUUUUUGGCCCCUCCCCAGGCUGUGUUUCACCCCGGAGAGGAACCAGGUGUUGGUCCUGGGUGCCUGUGAAUAUUUCCGAGCAGCAGCACUUUGUGGAGCGUUUGGGGAGCACUCGGCCCCAGGAAAGCAAGAGGGUUUUGGUGUGUGGCUUCAGGGCAGCGGGGACGCACAGGGAGGAGAGAUGUGUGUGUGCGUCCAUAGAAUAAAAGUGUUUGGGAGCCCUGCUCCAUCGCCUCAUCCUGUGCAUGGGCCCCUUCCACGCCGAGGGGGGUUCUCCAGGGCUGGUUUGGGGUAUCCCUGGCCUGGGCAAGGUGGGGUGUGAGGGAGAUUUUGGAGUUGUGGAGACUCAGAAACUUGAGCAGCAGCUUAUGACUGUGUUAAGGAGCCAAAGGGCACACAGGGUCCUUUGCCUGGAUGCCCAUUGUCCCUCCCCGGGAUGUCCAUCAUCCCUCCCCUAACCCUCUAUCCCUUGAGCAGGGCUGUGGAUUCUCAGGAGCAAUUUACUUUUCUCUCAAAAAUUGAUUCCUCCAGGCGCUAAUGUUGCAUUUGUGUUACUCAGAUGGCUACCUGUCCUGCUGUAAUUAUUUUAAUUUGGUGUCUGUGAUGAUCCGGAGCCUUAUAAGAGCAGUAAUUGAGAGAAAGCAGAGCCUGGGAUGUAUAACCUCGCGGCAUAAGCAUGCAAGCAAACCAUCAUUUUAAUGAAAGAUCCAUUUCCCCUCAACCACACGUAUUAAAUAGAUUUAAUAUCUGCCUCAAGUGACCAUUUAGGCCAAAAAAAUUAUGAUAACCAAAGUCUCCAUCUGCUUAGUGUCCGUGAAGGAGACAGGGCAAAUACUUCUCCUCCUCUAUUUAGCUAAGCCUUGCAAGGUGUAGUCGUGUUCCUGCCAGUUCUCAAGCCAUAUUUACUCCUGGUGUCAAAUGGAUUCUGGUUUUUGAAGGAGGAAACUCAUGCAAAUCUAUCUUGAGGCCUUUUGGAGGUGACCUGGUUGGGUUGGCUCUUUUUUUGACCUGCCAGGCUGUCCUGGCUGGAGAAAAGGGCAGACCUACCUUUUGGGAUGUACUUGGGGGGACCUGCAAGCUCAGUGCCUCUCGUCGGUGUUUUGUAGGGAGAAAGAAAAGAAAUGAGGCUUGGUUCGUGUACAGGUUUCAUAUUACUGGUGUGUUAUUGACUUGGAAAUGGCUCACGUGGGACUGCAGAGUCAACAGCACCCAGCCUGCAUGGUGGCUUUCGCCAGACCUGUUUCACCAUGGCAGAAUGAAGGCCAGGUGAGAUAAUGGUUCUGCAAAGUCUUGCUGUUGUCCCCUCUGGCCAUAGAAACAUAGAACAGUUUGGGUUGAAGGGACCUUCCAAGCUCAUCCAGUGCCACCCCUGCCAUGAGCAGGGACAUCUUCACCAGCUCAGGUUGCUCAGAGCCCUGUCCAGCCUGGCCUGGGAUGUCUCCAGGGAUGGUUCAUCCACCACCUCUCUGGCCAACCUGGGCCAGGCUCUCACCACCAUCAGUGAAAAAAAAUUCUGGGAUUUCCUCCACCAUAUGGAUCCAUACAUCGCUCAGGACAAAUGGACCAGGCAUGGUCAGGCAGUGACAUGAGCUGUGUGUGAUCGGUGUGCGCCCAGGCUGAGACAGGUCAUCAUCUGCCCAUGACCCUAACGAGGAUUCACUCCUAGAGAGGUUCCUGCACCACAAUGUGUGGAUUUAGAGCCCAGGGCAACCAUGCUCCAUGGAAAGCAGUAAUUGAAUUAAAAAUAAAUAGGUUCUUUAUUAA